GCUCAACGCCAUCUAUUGAUAAACAUUGUAAUCACGCUCCGUUACGGGGUAUCACGGAGCAUCAUGGCCUUAUCUCGAUUAUUUGCCACUUAUAAGACUUAAAAACGUCCCGGAGUGGUGUGGAGCAGGAUGCACAUCACAUGCAGAAGAGAGAUCCUGAAUUAUGAAGAACUGAUCUGAACUGGUGAUAACUGUUGAAUCUCAUACCAGUGAUAGAUCUCGCAUAAUACUCGACAGUCAAGCUACAUCUUUGGCAAUGGCAGCUACAUAACUCCACAUCCAGUGAUAGUGUUAAGACCUUGAUGGACAGUGUUUAUCCCCUCGUUACUUAACGUAAACAGAUAUUAAGGAUGCUACCUUAUUAGAGCUUAAAGUGUGAAAGUGCAAAUAGAAAUCGUAGUGAUGCAUGUUCGGUGUAAGAGAAAAUGAACUCAAUGCACAACAGUUUUGGUGGGUCUGGAGGGUACCCGGGGCCCUACCCUGGCUAUGUGCCACCCCCAGCUGCCCUCCCCUACUAUAACGGCUACCCAGGUGACCUGACUCAAGUAUCCAGCCCCUAUUAUGGCAAGCCAACUGCCGUCCCUCCAGGUUAUUCCUCAGGCAUGGGCAGCUACUCUGCUCCACCCAUCAAUAACUCUUCUAUGUACUAUCAGCAGUAUGGGCUGGGUUACCAGUAUGGCUACACAAAAUAUGGUCUGGGUUCGGGGCUGGGCUCAAGCCUGGGCUCCAAUCUUGGCUAUUCUUCAGAGCUUGCAGGAGCCUCUGGCAUCACCCCACCAUCCCUGGGGGGUCUGCAGGCUCCCACCACAGACUUAGGGCUAACUGGCUCCAUGUUUUCUAAAGGGAAGUUUAGUGGAGGGCAAGGAAGUCCUUCACCUCUGACCAGUGGAUUGGGCCAUGGAAGUUCUUCAUCUCUUCUGUCACCUGUUACUUCUACUCCUCCAUCACCAGGUCCACACAACUUAACAGGUGGUCUUGCGGGUACUGGAGCAACACCAAGCCCACCAGUAGAUGUCAUUGAAUCCAAGAAAGAUUUAGACAAAAUGCGGCGGUGUCAGGUCUGUGGUCAGGUGUUCCGUCUGAUGAGUGAAUGCUUAGCACAUAUGAAAUCUGUUCAUGCAGUACAUGAACCACCUCUCAGUAUGUACAGCUUGCAACAUGGUGCAGGGGGUCAUCUAACACAGUCUCUCUCCUCCUCUACAUCCUCUGGAGUUCCAUCAUCCCUGUCAUCUAGUUUAGGCCCUCCAAACAACUCAAGAACAGGUGGAGUGGGUGCUCCAGACAGCCCUCUUAUGGCAUUAGAGCGUAUGGGAUGGGGUGAAAAACAGGGCCUACUUCCCUCGUUGCAUGCACCCCCAUCUCCCCUUACCCCUGCCUACACCCCUGCCCCUGCUGUCACCCCCGGGCCACAACACCCGUCCACCCAGCACCUGUCCACCCAGCGCUUGUCAACGCAACAUCCAUCAAGCACACACCAUUCAUCCCAGCAUUCUUCUCAACACCCAUCCACCCAGCACCCAGCCUCCCAGACCCCACCUGCUUCACACUCUUUGAUGGAGGCCAAUCAUGGUGACCACCAUAGCACCAGAACCCCUAUAAGUAGCCUAUCCAUGACAUACUCUAUGAGAGCUGACCCACAUGUAUCUCAGGCCCAGAUUAGGCAUGCUUUUCCUGCCUGUUCUGUGCCAGAAAACCUCCCUGUGAAUGAUUCAAGAACAGAGGCAGCCUUGAGCUCAAAUUAUAUGAAGCCUCGUAAAAGCAGCUCUUACUCGGUAUCUAGCAUCAUUGGAGAAACCAGCGAGAGAGUAAGUGAGAGAGGGAGUGCUCUCUCCCAAGAAUCUCCCAAUAGCUACACAGGCCAAAGUCCAUCAAGAAGACAGCAGUCCCCUGCCACAAGACCAGUAGUAACGGAGGUGUAUGAACAGCAUAAUAGUGUUUCUGAACAAGUGCAAGAUAACCAUUGCUCACACGCUGGCUCUCGGAUAUCCAGUGAAGAAUACUCAGUACCGGAGAGAGAAAUGUCUCAGAAGGAUCAAAUAAUGUCCAAUGAACUACAUAAACGUCAGCAACAGCAUCAUCAGCAGAUCCACCAUCAUCAACAACAGCAGCAGCAGCAGCAGCAACAACAGCAGCAACAACAGCAGCAGCAACAACAGCAGCAGCAACAACAGCAACAUCAUCAUCAUCAUCAACAGCAGCAACAAAAGCAUCAACAGCAGCAAUCUGAAGGACAAAAGAGCUUACUAGUAUCUCAUGGCAUUAUUGAUAGACAACCUGAAGAACAGAAAACUGCUUCUUUAGAUGAUAAAAAAGAUAUGCCUGAGGACUUGUCACAGAAUGCCUCAACCUCUCCAUCACAUACUCACCCAGCUCUCUCUUCACAUCGCAUGUCCAGGGAUGACACCCCACGUGAACAUGAAGAAAUCCAUUGCGACAAGCAAGAUAGUAAAACCCAACAAAGCCGACACCAAGAAGACACUCUCGAGUCCCCUCGAAUUAACUCCUCUCCACAGCCAAAGGAAGAGGAGCAAAUUAAUACUACAAUUUUUAAGCAGGAACCAAGUCCACAGGAUGGUUUGAAUCAGGAGCCCAUAGUCCACUCUGAUGGAGUUGCUUCGGCACCAAGGGAACAGAGUCAGCAACAACGAAAACAGUCGUGGAGUCCAGCACAACCACAAACCUAUGGGCAAAUGACACAACAGCAGCAGCAAACAAGUUAUCAGCAGAGUGAACAGCAGCAACAACACUCACAGCCACCACAACAGCCUGCACAGCAACAGUCGCCCCAACAACAGCACCAGCAACCAACACAGCAGCAUCAGCAGACAGCACAGCACCAACAUUCACCACAACAGCUGCAGCAAUCUCCACAAAUGCAUCAGUCUUCACAACAGCACCAACAGCCACCACAGGCACAACAGCCACAACAACAGCACCAACAACCAGCACAGCAGCAACAGCCACAACAGCACCACCCCCCUCAACAACGCCAAUCACAACAACAGAGUUAUCCUGGCUGGUCUGGCAGUGUAGGGUCAGGGUACUCUGGACCUGGUGCUCAAUACGCUUAUGGAUAUUCUCAGGGUAACAGUGUUCAAAGCAGCACAGGAAGUUCACAUUCCCAGCCUCCAAUGGCAGCACACAAGUCAUCAAAUUAUCACCCGAUGCAAAAUAAUUACUCCACACCAUAUGCAGGUCCACCAGGUACAGGCUACCCCACAGAUUUAGCCAGUAGAGGAGCAUCAGGGCAACAGGGCUAUCCUCAGAGUCUGUGGUACACUGCUGGAGGUGCACGUAUGGAUUCCAAAACCGGAUGGAAUCUUUGGACUAGCCAAGUUCAUCAAUCUUCGGGUUUUCCGCAAUCAUAUGGUCCUUAUUCUUACCCUUCUCCCAGUCAGCAACAGCAAAAAUCACAGAUUCCAUCACAGUUGCAGCAACCAUCACAGCAGCAACACCCACAGUCAUCACAACAUACACAAGCAUCACAGAAGCAAUCACAGCAAGCUCAAGCACCACCCCAGCCACAACAAGUGCUGCAGUCACAGCAGGGUCAGAUACAACCACAAACACCACAGCCUGCUCAGUCACAGCCAUCUCAGCCACAAACUCCAGCACCACCACAGGCUCAUACCCAACAUCCACAACCACCAGCUCAACAACCUAAACCAUCUCCACAACAUCCACAGCUGCCCCAACAAUCCCAGCUGGCUUCGCAGUCCGACUCACAACACCAAGAAGCUCGGGCCCAACCACCAGAUAGCCAACAUGAAGAGGUGCCUCUGCAGGAACUGGCCCAGCAAGAACAAACUGAGGAUGAACAAUCCCAGCAGGAACAAGCUCUGCAGGAACAAGCCCAGCAAGAACAAGCUCAGCUGGAACAAGUUCAGCUGGAACAAGUUCAGCUGGAACAAGCUCAGCUGGAACAAGCUCGACAGGAGCAAGUCAAGCAGGAGCAAAUCAAGCAGGAGCAAGUCAAGCAGGAACAAGCCCGACAGGAACAAGCCCGACAGGAACAAGCCCGGCAGGAACAAGCCCAGCAGGAACAAGCCCGGCAGGAACAAGCCCGGCAGGAGCAAGCCCAGCAUGAGCAAACCCAGCAGGAACAAGCCCAGAAGGAGCAAGCCCAAGAUGUACAAGUCAAGCAGGAACCAAUACAGCUGGAGCAAACCCAACAGGAAGAAACUCAGCAGGAAGAAACCCAGCAGGAAGAAAUGCAGCAGGAAGAAGCCCAGCAGGAAGAAAGUAAACAAGAACAAAAUCAGCAAGUACAGAUUAAACAGGAAGAAAAUCAGAAAGUACAGAUUAAACAGGAACAAAGUCAGCCGGUGCAGAUUAAGCAGGAACAAAAUCAGCAGGUGCAGAUUAAGCAGGAACCUAUUGAGGAGGAGCAGCAACCAACCAGUCACAUUGUGGAGGAGGAAAGUGACAGCUUCAAACAAAAGUUAGUUGAGAAUAACAAUGCAUACCAACACCAGGAAGACCUUUCCAUUGCCACAAAUAAUACUCAUCCCAAGAAACCUUUGUAUAAAAUUGGCCCUAGAAGUAGAACCCUUGCUGCUAAACAAUAUAGUCAAAUAGAUGAUCUAGAUGAUUAUAAAUGUACCAUAACAGUGCAUGAAAAUGGUUCGGUUAAUGGUUAUGGUGUUUUGCCCACUCAUCCUCUGGCAAUCAAAAGUAAUUCCCAGUCUUGUGAUUCAUCCGAUAGCGAAGUUAACAGUGAAGAUGGUACUCCAACUUUUGUGCAGCUCAGACCUGCCAAGCGGCGUCGGAAAAGCCAGAGCCGUGAGGGAGUGUUCAUUGGGCCGAAACGUAUAAAGCAGGCUCGCCUUGUGCGCGAACGACAAGAACGUCGUCAUCGUAGUCUCCAAGAACGGCUACGACAGACAGAAUUAGAAGAAGAAAUACAAGCAAUAAGAGUGGAGAAAUCGAGUGAGGAAGAUGGUCCACUAGGCAACAUGUUAGUUCAGUCAUCCAUAAUCUUGGCAGAUGCCCAUAUGGAGGAGCAAGAUAAUGUAGAACAAUGCAUUGCCUCGAUCAAAGCCCAUCAGCUGGCUAUUAGCUCUUCAGAAAAUAAUAAUGACCUAGAAAAUUGUGAUAAAUCAUCCUUAAAUGCAUCUGGACAAGUAAUUGGAAAAAAAUCUAAGAAAUCACACACUAGUAAGGUGUUCCAUAAUGAAAACUCUGUGAUCAUCAAGCACCUUCCUCCCACAGUGUCUAAACGGAAACUUAGGGCCAAAGACUUUAAGUGGAGUCAUUACAUCAAAUCUAUGAGGUAUUGGUGUAGUGACUGUGGCCAUGGAUUUAAAAACCAGAAGGAAGUUUCUUCGCAUUCAGAAGACAAGUGCAAGUGGAAUUGUCUCUACAUGCUUGAGUGCUACGUCAUUGUUAAAGAUGUUCAGUCUCAUCCACAUUAUGGACCCAAGGUCCAGGAACUUCUUGAGGAGUAUCAGGUGGAUGGGCAGCACAAGUGCAAGACAUGUGGAGAGAUUAUAGCACGCAAAGCAGACUUCCUGGUGCACGUGGACUCCCAUAAAGACUUUAUGCCAUGGGAGUGCACCAUCUGUGGCACGCGCUUCAAGAUUCGAGGUUCUCUUAAGGAGCACCUGCGUUACACUCAUAUGAAAGGCCGGGUACCGUGCCUCAAGUGCAAUAAGGUGUUCCCCACCUCUACGCUACUGAGACAGCACGUCAAGGUGCACACUCAACACUACAAGUACAAAUCCACUAAGAAUCGCGACGACGAAUUGAAAGCGGCCAUGGAAGCCACUGCCGGUGCUCUGGAUCCCGAUGCAGAAGUGGUGGAAGACGAGGUCGAAAAGCUCUCUGACGAGGCCAAUGAGUACAGGAACUGGUGCAAGCUGAUGGAGCUCAAUGCCAUGAAGAACAUUGGUGUCAACACUAACACCCCUCCCUCAGAGGAAAAGAAGAAAAUUGGAACUUCCAGUUAGUGUUGGUUGUGUGUGUUAGGCAGUGAUGUGAAUGCAUGUUUGGAGAAGGAGCUUAUUGGUGGUAUUUGUGAAGGAGCACACAGCCAUGACACAGUCCUCGGUCCAAUAUAGACAUUAACAUGUGUGGCUCAUUAACCCUCAGGAAGGGACUUCUCUUGUGUUCAUUGUGACAGAAAAUAUAUUGUAAGGGUUCCUUUCAGAUGCUGAGGCAGAAGUGAGAGUAUUCUAGAAAGAAUGUUGUAUAGUGUUUAGUUGCACCCCUUUAGAAAAUAUGAGAAAGUUGCUAGAGGUACAUAAUAUUUAGAAAAUAAAAUUAAUCUGUUUGAAACAGGAAGAGCAAUAAUGUUAGUAUUAAUGUGGUAAGUUUGAUACAGGGCAGUUAAGUAUCUUUUGAAAGCCAAUCUAAAAUGAGUAAAAAUUUAUUGCUAUUUCAGGUGUAAAUGAAAAUAUGAAAAUUAACUGAUAAUCUUCUAAAUCAAGACAUAAUGGUGCGAUAAUUCUAAGUUAGUACACUAUAUGAAUCAAGUGUUCGGUGUGUGUAUAUAUAUGUGGUGCAACAGAGAAGGUAUUUCUAUCCAGGGAUGAAAUAGAACUGAUACUAUCACUGGACUGUCUGCCUUUUGUACCUCUGAGUGCCAUAGAACUGUGAUUGUGGUGCAGAUCUCGGUGCAUGGGUCCGUUGUGGACUUAAAAAAAAACUCAAGGCAGGGGGGGUUGAUGUUUUAUAUACGGCACAGGAAUCUCAGUAAGGUCCACCAUGCUCGUCUCCAAGACAAAUGUGUGGGUGACUUCGUGUUUAUAGCAGCUUCAUAUCACAUGUUUGUACAUAAUGACAGUGUGUGAGUAGUUUAUGUAAGUACGUGACCACCAGUGUUGUGCUUUGUUUGUCAAAUUAAUUAUAGAGAUUUAAAGUGUUCAAAGAUAGGGACUCGUAACUUAGGUUUUUAUUUGUACUUAUGAUUGUUUUCUACUACAAAAUAAUUUGUGGUUUAUAGGCUAUUUUUUGUCUAAAAUAGUUGUGAACUGAAAGCAUUUACAUUUUAUGCAGGUUUUGUGUAUCUGCAUAUAGCAUUUAUGAACAGCAGGUAAUUUGCUUUUAGAUAUGUUGCCUAAGCUUAUAGCUUCUAUUAUCUAAUGCUAGAGAAAAGUGUACAGGUGCAAUGUAAGUAUCUCGGUGCUGCGCUUCUUGGCUACUGUUGGUUACAGAGCAAACAGGGUGAAUUAUGUUAGGCGUUAAAGGUUUAUCAGGUUAAUUUUUAUUUCAUCAAUAUUUGAUAAGGUAUUUAUUUGCUUAGCUGACAGUUACUGGCAGUGUGCACAUCCUGUCUUUUGAUCCCAUGAGUUAAUGUGAAUGAGUUUUAAUCCCAUGAGUUGAUGUGAAUGAGUUUUGAUCCCCAUGAGUUGAAUGAAAGAGUGUGUGUGUGUUUGUGUGAGAGAGAGAGUGUGUGUUUAUUAGAGUGUAUGUGUGUGUUUGUAUUUGUGUGUGAGAGAGAGAGAGGUCAAUAGUGUAAAUGGUGUUGUGUUGUGAGUGGCAUUAUUGUCAGUAAGAUGAACAGGUAUCCACUGGUAAACAUGUCAUUGUAUGCUUAUAGUGUCAUGUAUACCAUCAAGUGAUUUGCAGAUGAUGAUAAUAUUUUUUUAAGAACAGUUAAAUGUUCAGCUUUGUGGAACAUAAUAGCACAUGAGAAAUCACCUCUGGACAUUUUUUUAUUUUCUCUCUCUCUCUCUCUCUCUCUCUCUCUCUCUCUCUCUCUCUCUCUCUCUCUCUCUCUCUCUCUCUCUUUUUGUUUCUUUUGUUAGGGAGCCUUAAUUCUUAAUUUCCUGAGGUUUAGGCUUUUUUUCUGUUACAAAAGACAUCAAAUAAUUCUCCCUGUCACAUUACAGUUUGAUGGGAAGGUUGAUCUUGGGCCUAAAAUAUGCAGCCCACAUGCUGGCAAUGGUGUGUUAGUAAAUUGACCCUGGAGAAUCUUGACUGGAAUGUUGAUCUUACGAUAAUCCUUAACCUUGUGGGGGUGAAGGGGUUACUUAUUUUGUUAAAACUGUUUCGUGUGGUUGAUAAGACACAUCUAUUAGUGCAACACAAGUGUUAUCCAAAGGAUAAUUCAGAAACAACAUUAUGAAGAAAACAGCUAGGUUUGGGAUAUUAUACUUAUACAGUAAUAUACAAUUUUUGAAUGGUCACUGUUGGACAUAGUGUCAGGCCAGUCAGUUAAUUUGCUCUUAGGAGUUUGACUGAUUGAUUAAAGUCUUAAUUUUUUAUGCAUGAUUUGUCAGUUUACAGAUUUUUCUUUAAUUUUUAAGGCAUUUAGUUUGGUUAUAUCAUCAUUGAGAGGAAUACCUUGGAUUAAGCAUCAUUCUACCUGAUAACGUCCCUGUCACAAAACUUGUAUAAAUAAGCUGGAGUUGACAAUCUUUAGAAAAUUUUCAUCUUGUUAUGGUGAAACCUUUUAUUGUAGAGUUCAACACUAUCAAGAAUUACUGCCAAAAUUUUUUUCUUUAUUUGCUGAAUUGGAAAACUUAUUACAAUUAUUUUUUCAAGAAGAGUUGAG